AUGCAAUUCACAUACGCUGCCAUUUCUGCCCUCCUUGCUUCAGUGGCCUACUCCCAGAGUAUCGCUAGUGAAGUGGCACAACUCCCAUCUUGUGCCCUUGCCUGCUUGUCAACAGCUUCCAGUGGUGCUGGAUGUAGUAUUACCGAUUUUGCAUGCCAAUGCGGUGAUGCUAAAGAUGCUAUCACUAAAGCUGCUACUCCUUGUAUCGCAGCUGGAUGCUCUGCCUCUGACACUUUGACCACUCAAAAAAUCACAACCGAAAUCUGUGUCCUCCAAGCAGCUGCCGGUUCAUCAGGUUCAUCAGCCGCCGCCUCUUCGACUCAAGCAUCAUCUUCAUCUACCAGCGGUUCAGCUUCUUCAUCUGUCGUUAGCAACAUUUCCUCAGCAGGUAGCUCUAUUGCUAGCGCCACUAGUGCGGCUUCUUCAAGCAUAUCUUCAGCUCUAUCAUCCGCUUCCUCUGCUAUUUCUUCUGCCGCUUCUUCUACUUCUUCUACUCCUGCUACAGUAUCUACAGCUGCAGGAAGUAAAGUCAAUGCUGUUGGAGCCAUUGUUGGGGCUGGUUUCUUGGCCGCUUUCGCUUUGUAAGCAGUCUGGCUCGCAUGAUAUAUGAUACGACAAAAUCCUACAUGUAACUAGACUGAAACGGGAUCAUUGAGAUGGGGAAUGGAGGUUAUGGAUGUAUCAAGAUAAAUAAUGUCUUUCGAUUCUUUACACAACUUUGCUUGGUAGGGGAGAGGGGAGAGAGGAGAAGAAAAAAGCUUGGUUGCUGGACCCAUUAUCAAAAUACUUUCUAAUGAAUAACGCAUUAUUGCUGUUCAAUCACUUCAGCAAUAUUUAGCUUAAGACAUAAUGAUAUCAAUCGAAUCAAAUUAAAAUCCAUCACAAGAAA